GUCCAGGGCUCCAUACAUAAAGGAAUGAAGGCGGCAUUUGUUUUUGGGGAAGUGUCGUUUCCUGACUGUCGCGCUUCUUCCGCACUUGUUGCGCCUCUCUUGGUUUCAGUACAGCGGCUGCAGCCCGAGCUGAGCGUUUGAGGACUUUGACCAACAACUCAAACUUUCCUCCCUUCACAGUUAAGUCCUGCUCUGUCCGUGCGUCAGGACGCAGCAGCAGCGCAACAACAUGUCUCAGCCGCAGCGGUUACGGGAUCAGAGUGACUUUGAUCAGCUGCCGGACAACAUUCCUGUCAGUGCCACCAUUGCUGACACUGAGGAGAAAAGAGGUUUUAUCGACUACUAUAGGUUUGUAAUUGAGGUGAAGACUAAAGGAGGGAGCAAGUAUCUGAUCUACAGGAGGUACAGGGAGUUCUUUAACCUCCACCAAACUCUGGAGGCUAAAUACUCUCCUGGUGACGCAGAGAGACCCGCUCCAAACACCUGCGUCCUGCCUUCUCUUCCAGGAAAGGUCUACAUCGGAAACAAGCAGGAGAUUGCAGAGAGCAGAAUCCCUGAACUCAACACGUACAUGAAGAGGUUGUUACAUUUGCCAGCAUGGCUGCUGCACGAUGAGACUCUGAGGAUUUUUUUCUACCAAACCGAGGAGGACAGUCUGCAACAACCGCGGGCCCUCAGACGUCUCCGCCCACCAACCCGUAAAGUAAAAACUGUUGAACAGCCAAAGAUGGACCUCUUUUCCUCCCCCAGGGCUGAGGCAAUGUUCGACUUUCGCGGGAACGGCAAGGCGGAGCUGAACCUGAAGAGAGGAGAAGUGAUCUUCCUGCUGAGACGAGUCAAUGCCGACUGGCUGGAAGGAACAGUCAACAAUCAGACGGGGAUUUUUCCAGAGUCCUACGUGAAGAUCAUUAAGGCCCUCCCAGAGAGUGACUCAGAGGGUAACGGUGGAGGUCGCACAUACAGCUGCCUGCGCUGCUACCUGCUCUCGCCCUCCGGAGUGGAGACCAGAGAUGUUUGUGUGCAAGAAGACCUGAGCAUCCAGCCUUCAUAUAAGGACCUGCUGUCUCGCAUGAGGAACGUCUUCAAGGUGGAGGACAUUGCCCUGAACUACCGUGACCCCGAGGGCGACCUCGUCCGAAUUCUCGACGACGAAGACGUCCAGAUGAUGAUCGAGGAGGCCAGGCGGCAGAAGGGCAAAAUCAAAAGACCUGUCAAUCAGUUUUCAUGGGAGCUGCAUGUGACCAUGGCGUCUGACUUGUCAGUUUACAGCAGUGAGGCCUGAACCAGGAGGAGGACCUCAGAUGAAACCAGAUCUGGUUUUAGAUUUCAUCACCACUGAGUAUUGCUGCUUAUGAUGUUUCUCUUUGACGUGUGUUCCCUUUUAUAUAAACGGCUCUACAUUUCACAUUUUAAUAAACUAACUAAGCAUUAUGUUGUGCACUUUUGUCAA